UCACAAUUUGGCAGAUUUUUUCGAACAGCAAAGAUUUUCAUCUAAGCAUGAUACAUUAGUGCUUAUCCUCUGUACGACUUUGUUUAUAUAUAGCGCAAGAAAACAAAACACCAUUAAGGAACUGUGCCUGGAUGUAUAAAGACGAAUUACAAACCAAUGCUUUUUUACUGUUUGAGAUAUAUAUAACCUGUCAACCUGGAUGUCGAUGAUAUGAUAGCGGCCUGUGACACCCAGGACUUUGUCCCUUUUGGCCGGGAAUUUUGCCGACGUCAUCCUGGGAAGUUUCAGCUACAGGUUCAGAAUGCAGUACAGGCUGAGCAUGGCUUACCACUACUUAAAUCAUUCAGGGAUAUAUCUAUACAGGAAAAUAACAAGAAAGAGCAGUGGCAUUUCCGACAUCAUAUAGAUGACCCAAUCGCAACAGAAGAGGAAUUUGAUGAAGAACUGUAUGUGAGUGGUUCCACUGUAGUAUGGAGCAAAGGAGGACAGAAUGGGGCCAGGACAGUGAUGAAGACCUUUACUGUAGAAUCUCAGGUGUUACAGGCACUCUGGUGUAGUUUUAUUUUACCAAAAAGUGAGAUUCCUGUUAAUUCCAUACCCACCACUGAUAUUCAGGGUGAUUUACAAAAAGGUAUAUGUGUAGUGGAAUCAGGUUCAGUAAGCUGUUUUAUGGAAAAAGGAGGAGAAUUCAACACAGCUUUACCAUUUCAGGUUGCUAAUUCCUGGGUUAUCAAGAAUGGUUUAUUAUUUGAGAGAACAGUGUCACCAACAGAGAUGACAAGUGGUAAAAGAAAUUCUCCUAAUCAGACAACAGUAUUCAGUAUGUUACAUCCAUUGGAUGAAGUAGCUCCAGUCAUAACUAAAACAUCAGGUGUAAGUGGAUACCCUAAGAUUUCCUACUUAACAGAUAAUACUCAGCACAUAGUGUUUACCAGUGUAGAACCAUCCCUUGUAUUUACAUAUGAUACAAUGAUUGGAGUACAUACUGUUUGGAGGGUCAGAAAAGCCAGAGCAGAUGAGUGCAGUUCAGUAUGUGCAACUUUUGAAACCAGUUUCCUACAGCCCCCUGGUAAUACCACUUCCAUUGGACUGAAUAUGUCAGCAAGUAGUCAUUCUCGUUUUAUCAGCAACUUGUCGGCCCAAUCACCAAGUGUAUCUCCUAUGCGAAACUUCUCUGGAAGAAUCAGUUCUCCUGGUGGUGGAUUUAUCAGAUCCCAAAGUCUGAGUCCAGCUGUUAAUACUAUGGCUGCUGUCAGUCGAGCUCAGUCACCAGCAGUUGUGGGUACAGCAUCAGUGAUCAGGUUCCAGUCUCCAUCCCCUAGUGUAGCCAGAAGUCCUGCUGGUUUCUUCAGGACACCACCUGUAGGUUCCUAUAAUGUAUCAUUAAUCAAUGAGAGCUACUCUGAAUGGGUAGAACCACUCAAACCAGAAGUAUGCUUUGAACAUCUGUGGACAGAACCUGCACCAGCCAUUAGAGAUGGAUCUUUAGGAAAGUCAUCUAAAGCCUUCCUGACCAGAGAUCUAUGUGGACAACAAUAUAUGUGCUAUCUUAUAUCAUACAGACAACAACUAAGAUGUGUAAAGUUUGAAGAAAGCAAUGACCUUAGUCAGCUGAUUUUUGGUGCAGUAUCUGUAAUACAGGCAAAAGAUGCUUUGCCAGUUGAAACUUUAGAUCUUUUGAUAGUAAUUGACCCUACAAACGUAUUAUGGGUUUAUAGUGGGAGCACAAAGAUCAACAGGCUCCAUGUACCAACCUUACCUAUAGGGACAGGAUCUAUUAGUAUGUUGAGGACUGUGACACCAUUAAACAGUCCUACCAGAGGUAGAAUAUUUACCUCAAGUAGACCUCCUAGUGCUAUGGAUGCUAGAUUUGAUGAUGAAGAGCUAAACCAUAUUUCUCCAGUAUCAGAUGCAGAUGAAUCAGCUAACUUUGAGGAUUGUCCAGUGCAGACUGGAUAUGUACAAGGUCUCAGGGAUAAUGUAGGAGUAAAGUUUACGAUUGAAUUAAUGAAUGGUCACCUAUGUAGAGCUGCUAUGCCUAGCCAGACUAAUUCUCCAGGCAUUGAAGCUUGUCUGAAUGGUCUAAAACAUAUGUUACCAAAAGACCUUGCCAUCCUGUUACUUGGUAAAUGGUAUACAGCAAGAAACACUCCAGGAGGACUAGGAAACCAGUCUGAAUGGGCUUUGUUUACACGAUGUUUAUUAAAUCUUAUGGGCUAUGAUACUACAAGAUUAGCCUUGACAAGUCAGCAAGAUUUGGAUGUUUCCAUGUCACCUGUUGUUGCUCAAAAGAAACCCAAACAGUCUGAUCAAGGUUGUGAAGAGGACUGGGAAUUUUUGGUAAAUUCUGAUCACAAUGAAUUUAUGAGUGCCACCAUGGAAUCAUCACUGGGUCUAAGUCAUGCAAGCUCAUUACCUGAUUCCACAUCAUACUCUAAACCUUGUGGCAUCAAUACAUCUGCACAAUUGUUUGUACAUAUACCAUCUAUAUUGAUGGCUUUACAUCUUGUAUAUGAGGAUAUGAAGUUGAACAUUUUGCUAACAGAUGAACUCUCUAAGUUAGCUCCUAUCUUGCUGCAGAUAGCCAGUGAUUUGAAGUGUUCUAACUACACAGAUUAUUACUGUAGAGAUUAUCCACAUUUGUUUCAACAAAUUGAUGACAUUAGUCAGAUAAACAGCGAAAAUUUAACAAAGAUGCAGUACCCAGGUAUUUACAGUGAACAUGUACCAUCAGUCUACCAGUGGGUAUUGAAACAUAUGAGGAAUGAAGAUCCUGGAUUAUUUCCCUUUAUACCUGCAGUGUGUAACAAUAUCAGGAAUGUUAUCUCAUUGUAUGCAUUGAUGAUGAAGAAGAACUUAAACACAGAACAAGCCAUUGAGAGAUGCUUAAGAAGAGUAGCACCUGCAGGUACAAAGAUUAAAUCAGGCCACAGAGCUCCUACCUGUGAUUUAUCAAUGUCCAGGAGUUUCUCCCGGAGUUUCUCUAUCACUGUACCUACAGCUAGUGUACUAGAAAGGAUGGUUUUAUAUAUGACAGAACUGGGUAUGACAAAGAGAGAUUUAGAACGCCUUCCAAUAGGAAUAGCUCUACCAUUUCGUGAAGCUAUAUUCCACUGUAGAUGCAAUCCACCAUCUGAUUGGCCAGAGGAGGCAUAUGUUCUCAUAGGUCGACAAGACAUAUCACAACUGUUAUCAUUGACUAAAGCUAAGCCAGAACCAAGACCAGGUGUAAAUAAUUGGUACCAGUCUAAAAAUAAAGAAACAAAGGAAGAAGAGGAUGGCAUGGCACAUACUGAUGAAGAGCUAUUAAAACUGAGAUUUAGUGAAGAUUUACGAGUCCAAGAAGUAAGAAGACUGUUGCAAUCAUCAAGGCCUGCUAGGAUAGCUCUUGUGCAGAGACCAGAAGUUAGUGAUCAUGAUUUCAUUGAAGAACAAGAGAGACAUCUGUACUCCAUUUGUAUCAGGACAAUGGCAUUACCAUGUGGAAGAGGAAUGUUCACCAUGUGUUCUUAUCAUCCACUGCCUACAGAAGCUUUACCUACACCUAAGUUAUGUCUGACAGGAAGAGCCCCACCAAGAAAUGCUACAGUAGAUCUAACUCACAUAGAUACCCCACCUAAUAUGUCUGCAUGGCCACAGUUCCACAAUGGUGUCGCUGCUGGAUUGAGAAUGGCUAAUUCAUCACAGGUUGACUCUACAUGGAUAAUAUACAACAAACCAAAAAGUAAUGACCUGACCAAUGAAUAUGCUGGAUUCCUGAUGGCCCUUGGACUAAAUGGUCAUCUUGUUAAUCUUCAUAUGCUAAAUGUUCAUGAUUAUCUAAGUAAGGGUCAUGAAAUGACAACAGUUGGUUUGUUAUUAGGAAUGGCUGCAGCAAAGAGAGGAACAAUGGAUAUAUCAACUACCAAAGUAUUAAGUAUACAUGUACCAGCUUUACUGCCACCUACCUCUACAGAACUCAAUGUCCCACAUAAUGUACAGGUUGCUGCUAUACUAGGGGUAGGGCUUGUAUUCCAAGGGACAGCCCACAGACAUACAGCUGAAGUAUUAUUAGCUGAAAUAGGAAGACCACCAGGACCAGAGAUGGAGAAUUGUAAUGACAGAGAAUCAUAUUCUUUAGCUGCUGGAUUGGCUUUAGGACUGGUUAUGUUUGGGAAGGGUGGAGAACAAGUUGUGAAGUCUGAUUUAAACAUGGCUGACACACUUUGUCAUUUUAUGAUUGGUGGACAUAAGAGGCCAUUGAUUGGACCUAACAAAGAGAGAUACAAAUCACCAAGUUACCAUAUCAAGGAAGGAGAUGCAGUAAAUGUAGAUGUAACUUCACCUGGAGCUACUUUGGCUUUGGGCAUGCUCUACUUCAAAUCUAAUAACAGUGCUGUAGCAGAAUGGUUAAGUGUAGCAGAUACACAAUUUAUGUUGGAUCAUGUCAGACCAGACUUCUUAAUGUUGAGGACAUUAAGCAAAGGAUUGGUGAUGUGGGAUACAGUACUACCAACCUUUGAAUGGUUGAAAAAUAAUGUUCCUGAGAUUUUACAGAGGAAUGCCUUUAACAGAGGUCAUGUUGAGGAAUCAGCUGAGGAUGAUAAUAUGACUGAUUUUGAAACACAAAGUCAAGCUUACUGUAAUAUUCUAGCUGGAGCUAGUAUGGUGAUUGGUCUCAAGUUUGCAGGUACAGCUAAUCAAUCUGCAUUUGAAACUUUGAUGAGAAGUAUCAAACUAUUCUUGACAUUCCAAACAAAUCCCAGACUGGUUGAACAAGCAGGGAAAAGUACAGUAGAGAGUUGUUUGAUGACAGUCUUGGUGUCAAUAGCACUUGUGAUGGCUGGUACUGGUAAUUUAGAAGUUUUGAGGAUCUGUAGAUACCUUAGAUCAAGAGUGGGACCUCCAUAUAACUUAUAUGUAAUGUAUGGAUCUCACAUGGCCAUCAGUAUGUCUAUUGGACUUCUAUUCCUGGGAGGUUGUAGAUAUUCAUUAAAGACUGCCCCAGAGUCUAUAGCAGUAUUGUUAUGUGCUAUGUUUCCUAAGUUUCCUAUACACAGUAAUGAUAACAGAUACCACUUACAGGCAUUCAGACAUUUGUAUGUCCUUGCUACUGAGAUGAGAGUUGUUUUACCUAGAGAUGUGGACACAGGACAGCCAUGCUAUGUACCAAUGAAGGUUAAGUUUAAGGAUACCGAAGCUUACCAAAAUGUUUCAUUCACAACUACAGCUCCAUGUCUUCUGCCAGAGUUACAUCUUAUUCAAGAGGUACAUAUACUAGGACCAAGGUACUGGCCAAUAGUUUUCCAUAGAGAUAAGAACUGGAGUAUACUAGAGAUACUUUUAUCUAAGCAGGGAACAUUAUAUGUCAAACAAAGAGCAGGUCAUUUGUCUUAUGUAGAAGACCCUAAGGGAUAUAGAAGUAUGUUGGCUAAGUCCUUAACCAGUGAUCAUUCUAGUCAUUGUUUAGUUAAGCCAGAUGUAGUAAAAGCCUUUACUAGUGACACAAGAAUCCAUGCCAUGACAGAAUACUUCCUCAGAUCAAAGUAUACAGAGGAUUGUGCUAUCCUUCAGAUUCUGUCAGCAGUGUUAUAUGAAUGUGUCACCAGGGAAAAACCAGAAGCUAUAAUGUCCUUGCUGGGACUUAAUCAGAUUUUAGACAAACCAGAUUUUGAUUUGAAAUCAGAGGGUGUAACACAACUGAAGCUUGCUCUAGCAUACUAUAGAAGUAACCAUCAGAUACUCAGUCAGGAUGUAGACCACAAAAAUCAGUUGUUAAAGAUGGAGUUUCUGUUGUCACUAAAAGCCAAACUAGAAAAUGUUUUAGACAAAUGGCAAACAGAUCACAUGGAACUGCUUGUGAAGUAUUUACAAGGAGAAGUUUUAAAAGGUUAUGAGCUUUUACAGUUGACCCCAUAUUUAACCUGGUUCGAUAUUCCGACACCAACGCAUAUCUCUAACAUAAUUGUAGAAGGUUCACCAACUCUACCAGUAUUGUGUUCAAACUUACCUUAUUUGUCAGUGUCUACAUUAAAAAGAAUUCUGACUGCUUGGAAGGCUGCAGUAUGAUACUAUGGUGCUGUAUUCAUUGUUCACCUGGAUUUAAAGAAAAGAAGGUUAAAAAAUAACUGAUGGAGUUCGUAAAGAAAUGGUUUAUAAUUUACUAAAAUUAAUUAUGGCAGCAAAAUCUUCAGGAUUUAAAUAAGUAUUAAUAUCAUGGCAUCAUCACUGAAUUAUCAGAGUUACCAUUUGCUUUAAACAGAUUGUAUGUUAUUACACUGAAGUAACAACUGACAUUAUAAGAGAGACAAAAAAGUGAAAAAAAGGAGAAAAAAUUUUCAGUAUAUUUAUAAGACUUAUCAAAAUGAAAAUGCAAAGUGUUUAUCAAAUGUUGCCAAAGUAACUGAUGUUGAAUAAUGGAUGAAACAAGCAAAAUGUUGUUUAUUUAAUAGAAAAUAUGAAAUUAGAUGUGUUAAACAAAUACAAUUGUUUGAGAAACAAAAGAAACUUAUUUUCAAGGAAGAAUAUACAUUGUAAAAUAGCAACAAACAAAAAAACAGAAAUAAUAUUUCUAAAUGAUUCUCAAAGACUAAUGAUAUAUCAAAGUAACAUUUUUAUCUUUAUUUCUUGGUAUUGCAUAAUAUUUUUUUUCUCCAACGCAUUUCCUUUUCUGUAUGAGAAAUAUUAUACAACCGUAAAAUUUUUGCAGUGAUAUAAUGGUAUGACGUUGUCAUCAACAUCCGAAGACAUUUGGUUUCCAGACAAUAACUUGAUUAUAAGUGUAUGGAUCUCUAUGAAAUUGUACCACUAGGUUGCAUACCACAAAAGGGAUGUCAGGAGUGAUUUUGGGGAUUAUUGUCUUUACUGUUGAGGAAAAAGGGGCCAAAAAGAAGCAUUUUUCUUAUUUCAGGACAAUAACUUGUCUAUGGAUCUAUAGGAAAUUGUACCACAAUGUUCCAUACAAAAAAUGGAAGGUUGGGAUUGAUGUUUAGCAUUAUGGCCCAAACCGUUUAGGAAAAAGGGGCCAAAAACAAUACUUUUCUAAUACUUUGUAUUAAUUGCUUAUUUCUUUACCAAUUUCAAUUGGGUUUAACUCAAAAUCUUGAAUUCCUGGUGUUCUUUAAGAUGCUAGUUCUUACCAUGUAUUUAGAUUUUGGAUUUGGGCCCUAUUUUUAAAUUGGUCCACAUUGAGGUCCAAGGGGUUCAAAUUUGAACUUGUUUUACUUCAUCAAAAAAUAGAAUUAUUGGGGUUCUUUGAUGUGCUGAAUCUAACCAUGUAUUUACAUUUUUGAUUUUUCUGACCUGGUUUUCAAAUUGGUAUACAGUAAGGUCCAAAGUGUCCAAAAUUAAAAUUAGUUUGAUUUCAAGAAAAAUUGAAAUCUUUGGGUUCUUUGAUAUGCUGAAUUUAACUGUGUAGUUUUAGGAUUCAAAUACUAAACAAAGUUAGAGAAAUAUUAUGUAAAUACUGGAAAAAAUACAAAAAAAAUAAUAAUAAAAAAUGUACUGUUCAAAGGAAGAAAAUAUUACUAAACAAGAUAAAAAAGGAAAUUUCAUCACUCUCCUGAACAAGAAGAACUGAAGCUAGAAAAUUAAAACAGGAUUAGAAAAUUAGUGAAGAUAUGGAACUAACAAGAAGAAUAUUCAAUACCAUACAAACAGAAUAAUAAUAGGUAAAACUAUUCAAAACAGGAAAUAAUACUAAAACAUAUAACAAAAACAGAAAAAAUGAAAUUGAAAUAAUGAACAAAAAAUAUAGUAGCAGUUGAUUUGAAGGCCUAAAGCAAUUAUCAAAUGUGUCGCAGGUAGUCCCGACAGGAUGAACUGAGAUAUUUGAAUUCAUUAUUUUCUAGCCUUUUUAAAACUAUCAUUCUUGUAUCAGAAGCAUCAUGCAAAUAUUGGCAAUGUCCUAUAUUUUUACCAUUGCCUCAAUGAGAGGGGUACAUAGUGAUGCACAUGUCUGUCUGUCUGUCUGUCACAAAUUUGGUUUUGGGAUGUACUACUUGACCAAUCUGUUUGAAUAUAAAAACAAUAUCAUGCACCAUAGAAUACAGGUCACAUUCUAUUUUGAUGGUUUUGUCAUUUGUUCAAUAAUUAAGCCCCUUAGUUACCUUAAAAAUUGAGGUUUCUUCUGUUACCUGAUGAUAUUUAUAUUACUGCAAAUCUUUUUGGGGAAAAAAACCUCAUGAAAUAUACCAGGCUUAUUAUUUUGUACUCCAGAAACAUGUUUUGACUAACUUAAACACAAUGCCAUGGACCAUUUAAUACAGGUUAAGUCUAAUUUUGAUGAUUUUAAUAUUAACUGUUUAAGAGGUGUUCCCCUUAGUUACUUUAAAUGUUUAUAUUUUCCUUUCAAGCUGAUAAUAAAAGUACAGUUUGACAAAAUGUUUUAAAAUUUAAACACAAUGUUAUGAAACAUAAAAUGCGGGUAAAGUUUGAUUUAAAUUCUGGUUUUGGCAUUUACCUUUAAAGAUGUUUGUCUACAAGUAGGGGUUUGUUUAUGUGAUCACAUUAUUCUUGUUUAAUAUAUCCCAAUUAAAUAUAUACCAGCAAGAUUCCUUGCAAAAUAUGCAAGUUACUGACAAAAAUGAAUACAGUAUUAAUCAUUUAGUACAUUUAUUGCAUAAGUAAGUAGGACCAAAUACACAUAAAUUGGUUUAUACAUGUGUAUUUUCAUGAAAUAUUGUUAGAUUUAAAUACCACUUUUUUGCGACCCAAAUGAAAGUUUUCCACAGAGUCAUCUCAUCGUGGUCAAGGUAUUUAAACUUUUAUCAGUUCACUUGACCCAACAAAUAAAUGCAAUAGCUAUUGUUCUCUGUGUAGUUUAUUCACUGGGACCUUUAAAAUUCUUCUAGAAGAAAUCCAUCAUUCAUUGAUUAAUUUACCUGACCAAAAAAAGGAUCUUCUUAGUAGAUGAAAGUACAUGUUUCAACUCACAAAACUGCAUGUGAUGUUGUAUUUAUUCAAUAUCAAUAAUGUUUUUCAAUAUGUUCAAUAUAAACAUAAAGUAUGCCCUGCAUUCCACUUUUGAUCUUUUCAUUUUGUUCUCAUAAUGUUUAUGAGUUUGACCUUGCCAAUCAUAAAAUAAUUGUAACACAUUAUAUAAUCUUGUUUAUGAAUAAGUGCAUGGUUUACAGUUAUUGUACAGCUAUAUAUCAGGGCUUUUCAAUUAAAAAAAAAUUUAGUGAGAAAUCAGUCAACCCAAUGGGAAGUAUUGUCCCUAAAAUGCCCCUUUCAGCAAAUUUUGCAUUUUUUGGCUUUUUUUUUUUACUCCAGACUAGAUGAAAUAUGUACAUUGCAGAAUUGAUCAACUGAACAAGAUUCAUCUACCAACUGCGUUUAUUUACAGCUUUUGGCUUAAAUCUCAAAAACUAUAAGAGUAAAAUGAAAAAACUUAAAUUUCAAAUAUAAACAAUGCUUAAAGAUCUGCAGUCUUCUUGUGCCGAAAUAGUCCGGUUACACAUUAAAGAGUCAUUGCCCUCGAAACACGCUUUUUAAACGAUUUAUGUGUACAGAUGAAAUGAAAUGAAGGAAAAAACAAUACAGGAGUGUUCUUGCUAGUAUUAUUGCUUCUGAAAUGACCCUUUUUCUUAAGUGUUUGCUAUGGUGACAAAUGAGCUAUUUGGGUUCCUAGGAGACUCGACAUUUCGUUUUGCCAUGAUGUAAUAUCUCUCUACUCUAUUUUUUAAUGCCCCCUUGGCACUUUCACUGCUUUUUACCACAUCUUAAUAAUGGUAAGUUAAGGCACCAGUAUGUUACUGAUGUUCAAAUCUUAUAAAUAGAUUAACAAGACAAAUCAAUGGAAUACACAAAACUUAGGAAAACUCAAUUAAAGAGAUGCGUCGACAAUUUAAUUAGUUAUCAAAGGUACCAGGCUUAUAAUUUGGUACGCCAGACGCGCGUAUUGUCUGCAAAAGACUCAUCAGUGACGCUCAGAUCAAAAUAGUUAGAAAGCUAAAACAAGUACAAAGUUGAAGCUUUGCAAGCUUUGCAAGCAUCACCUGCAAUGCAAAUCCAUACUUUGUCAAUAUGACAUAAUCGGGAAUAGGAAACAGUCGGUAAAGUUAAGGAUUAAAUGACUAUUCUGUACUAUAACAUUAUUUGUAAGCCUUAUGGUUAAAAGUACUUUAGAAUAUAGCAAAGUGCUCUCGACCAAUGAAAUUGUAGGAUUUGAUGUCUCUUAAUUGUGAAGAAUGAAUGUAAAUCAUGUUCUUAGUAAGGGAUUAUCCUAUUAUUUGGGUCUAUUUACAGUUCAAAACAAAGAGCUUCUAUAAAUGAGUUACAACUGCCCCGAAGCACAUUUAUCAGAUUGAAAGGAUUUAUUACAGUGAUUGAAACUGACUAAAA